GAUGUGCUUCCUUUGCUUCCCUUCACGUUCAAGCACGGGAUCUUAGCUGUUCGCACGACUUGAAAAGCACGCGUGUCGCUUGGAGGGUCGUGGUUGGAACAUUUCCUUCCGAACGCCCUGUCAUCCACUCCGCACACAACACGUUACCCGUUCCAAUCUAAAUCCUUCCACCUAUCUUUCUCUGUUGGAGACUCCACUCGCUGCUCUUCUCCCUGCAACUACCUCGUGAAAGCUUCCACCUUUCGUCUGCUACCUAACGGCCCAAAUCCUGAUCCUUGACCCUGGGAUGGAGACGGAGCUGAAGGCGGCGGCGAUGACGCCCUGGUCGCGCCUGAGCUGGGACAUCGUCGAGUUAAUCCUUUCCUACCUCCCACUCCGGUCAGUCGUUGUUGCUGGCGCCGUCUGCAAGCAGUGGCGCGCAGUGAUCGCGGACCCGGGCUUCGCCGUCCGGGCCGCCUCGUCCCUUCCGAGGAGGCCCUGGUUCUUCCUCUACGGCCAGAACAACGUCGUCCUCCGUAAGAACCAGGCUUUCGGCUUCGACCCGGACGCCGGCGAGUGGAUCGCCCUCCCGCCGUCUCCCUCCGUCCUCCACGUCGACUGCUUCGCUGGCGCCGGGGGGUUCUUCUUCGCCACUACGUCCGCAACCCGGUUCUGCUAUGCGCCGCUCCUCCGUGGGCCCUGGCGAGAGACCUCCCCGCUCUUCUUCUCCCGGUGUAACCCCCUCGUGGGCGUGUUCUCCGCUGCCGGAGGCCGCCGGCACUUCAUCGUCGUUGGCGGCGCGCGAUUCAUCGGUGGGCUCGUCGACAUCGAGGACCCUCUGGCCGUGGAGAUCUACGACCCGGCGUCGAACUCGUGGGAGAUCUGCCCCCCUCUGCCGCCGGACUUCCGGACCGGGAAUUCGUCGCAGUGGCUCUCCGCCGCGCUUCUGGGCGGCCGCUUCUUCUUCGUGUUCGGGAUCUACUCUUGCUCCGUCGCCGCCUUCGAUCUAAGUCGCCGCGCCUGGACCGGCGUUCAGACUCUCCGGCCACCGGGGGUGCUCUUCUGCUUCCUCCUGGCCUGCAACGACAAGCUCAUCCUCGCCGGGCUCUGCAACGCCCCCGACGGGCCGCCCUGUUUCGCCCUCUGGGCCGUCGACCACACCACCAUGGACUUCGCGGAGAUCGCCGUGAUGCCAAGGGACCUCCUUUCUUGCCUCUUCGACACCGACGACGACGACAACAAGUUCGCCAGCCUCAAAUGCGUCGGCCUCGACGGCCGCGUCUACGUAUUCAACGAAGACCACCACAAGGCCUACCCGGCCUGCGUCUGCGAGAUCUCGGAGGACUCCUCUGCCGGCGUUGCCGAGGCCGCCUCGGGACUAAAUCUGAGCUGUUCCUGGAGAAAGGUGCCACCUUUACCUAGCCCCGUGGAUCGAUUCCAUAAGGUCAUAGGUUUCUGCUCCCCUGUCCCGGUGAACUCUGUGCUUGGCGGCGGUGUGGAUAGAGAAUUGUGAUACCUCUGCCAAUCUUCGCGGUUUCUUUUCCUCUACAGUACUGUUGCUGCUGAAAGCAAUGAACUUCGAAUCGUGGACUGUUGUUGUUGAUGUUUGUGUUGUCAGAUGAUGGUCUUGUUCUCGUUGACUGUAAGCACUUGUUCUACAGUAUUUCUGUGACA